UCAGACUAGGGGAACACACUGGUGGAACUUGCCAGGCACGGCGAAAACUGGAUUAGGUCUCUGCUGAGUGUGUUACGGAGUUUGACUGGAAGCUAUGCAGAAAGCGCUGCUUUCUAUCUGCCUCUCAGUAGGCUUCUUGGUGUGCGCGCCUUUCGUCGAGGCUCACGGUCCAGUAGUCUCCACUAAAUAUGGAAGUCUGGGAGGGAAGUACUUGAAGGUGAAGGGAAUGCAGACAUUGAUCCACACCUACCUGUCGGUGCCAUUUGCCAAGCCUCCGGUGGGGUCUCUGAGACUAGCACCACCCGAGGCCCCAGUAGGAUGGGAGGGAAUGCGGGACGCCACUCAGCAACCUCCUGUGUGCCUGCAAGACAAGGAUUUUCUGGCACUAUUAAUGAAAAAUAUUUCGAUUGAAAUGGAAAUGCCUGAGACUUCAGAAGACUGCCUGUAUCUCAACGUAUAUACUCCCGCUAAACCCAGUGAAGACUCUCAAUUUCCAGUCAUGGUAUGGAUCCAUGGAGGAGGGUUUUUCAGUGGUGGAGUAUCACUAUUUGAUGGUUCUGCUUUGGCUGCCUAUGAGAAUGUUGUUGUGGUGGUGAUUCAGUAUCGGCUUGGUAUCCUUGGGUUCUUCAGCACUGAAGAUGAGUAUGCACCAGGAAAUUUUGGCCUGCUUGACCAGGUGGCUGCUCUGCGAUGGGUCCAGGAGAACAUUCACAGCUUUGGGGGGAACCCCAAAUCUGUUACCAUUUUUGGGCAGUCUGCUGGUGGAGCGAGCGUGUCCCUGCAGCUCCUUUCUCCACUAUCUGCCGGCCUGUUCCAUCGUGCCAUUGCACAGAGUGGAACAGCAAGAAUAAAAGCGCUCUUUCACUCUAACCCCCUCCCUAGGACUCAGGCGGUGGCUAAUAUGUCAGGCUGUGACAUCACCAGUACAAAAAAAAUUGUAGAGUGCAUGAUGCAGAAGACAGAAGAGGAAAUGCUGAGCAUUCAGCAGCAGUCAAAAGGUCUGGGGUCAACAGUGACAGUCGAUGGAGCAUUCCUCACCAAGCCUAUAGAUGAGAUCUUCCAGAACCAUGAAUUCCACAAAGUUCCAUUUAUGACGGGUGUGACCAGCCAGGAGUUUGGUUGGCUGUUGAGCAGUCACUAUGGUCCUGAAGGGUGGGUGGAAGGAACAGACAGGGAGGAGGUCAUGCCGACUUUGACCUUGUUGAACCCUCAGCCUGCAGAUCCGUGGAUCAAUGAUUUGAUUGCUGAUGAGUACCUGGGGUCCUCCAGAGACAGGGAGGCAAUUCGUGAUGGAUGGGUGGAGAUGAUGGGAGACAUGAUGUUUGUUUUUCCUGCCAUUGAGACAGCUAAUUUUUACAGGGAUGCAGGAGUACCAGUGUAUCUGUAUGAGUUCCGGCAGCCUCCUGAAGUACUUCAGAAAAAAAGGCCUAGCUUAGUCACGUGUGACCAUGCAGAUGACAUCUUUUUUGUCUUUGGCAUGUGCUUUGUGGAUGGCCAUUUCAAGUUCACUGAAGAGUUCCCAGAGAAGGACAAAAAGCUGUCUAGAACAGUAAUGUCAUACUUUGGCAAUUUUGCCUGGACCGGGUCUCCCAAUGGAGAGAAUCUGGUUCCAUGGGCACAGUACGGAAAGGAGGCGGCAUACCUGGAAAUUGGAACCGAGCAGCGAGUAAACUACCAUCUGAAGGGACAUCGCUACACCUUUGUUACCAAGACAGUGCAAGAAAAGAUCAGGGCUCGGCAGGAACAAAAGGAGCAUGGAGAGCUCUAAGGCCCCAAAAAAGAAAAAGAAGGUACCCCAAGACAAUCUGUGAAGAGUCUACUGUAAAAGCACCAAAAGGUUGUCAUCUGCAAUAAAGCAAAAAAAUUCUUAUUAAACUAAAUCACUCAUGAUUCUCUUUAGAUUUUGACCAUUGAUACAGAUGCUAGCUCACUUUUUACAUUUAUUCAUUUAGCAGACGCUUUUGUCCAAAG